AUUUUUUCUUGAAUAAUUUGCGAUUAUAACAUCUGGGUGUUGUGAUAUUCUGACUGAAACUCUCUGAUUUGACCAGUUGAACUUCAUAACUUUGCAUAUUUUCAAGAACACUGUUAGAACAAUCAUAGAGGGAUGGGAAGGAAAGGAAAUUGGUUUAAAACUUUGAAGAAAGCUCUCAGCCCCAGCUCCAAAAGGAAGAAAGACCAGAAGACUAAAUUGUCUGGAAAACAAAAACACCCCAGUGUAUGUUCUACUCCUACAUUGACUAUUGCAAAUCAGAUAACUCAGCAAGAAAAGGUAAAAUCGACCUGUGAGGUGAAUGAAGACCACUGCAAAGCUCAUUCUGUUCCAAUUUCGAAUUCCACGGGCAUGGCUUCUACAGCCGGCACACAGGUUGUCCAGACCACUACUGUGACUCAAUUCACCAGAAAAUCUAGAGAGGAAACGGCAGCAAUCAAGAUUCAAUCAGUUUUUCGUGGAUAUCUGGCAAGAUCAGAAAUACGAACCUUAAGAGGGCUGUUGAGAUUGAAAUUAUUGAUGGAGAGUUCAGUUCUGAAUCGUCAAGCCAUGAACACCAUCCGGUGUAUGCAAGUUUUUGUCCGUGUCCAUUCCCAGAUCCGGUCAAGAAGGUUGAGGAAGCUGGAGGAAAAUCAGGCUCUCCAGAAACAACUCCUACAAAAACAUACAAAAGAACAAGAGAAUUCUCAGGUUGGGAAAGGGUGGAACGACAGCACACAAUCAAAAGAACAAGUUGAGGCUAAACUACUAGGCAAGCAUCAAGCAGCUAUGAGAAGAGAGAGAGCGUUGGCUUAUGCCUUUUCUCGACAGAAAAUCUGGAGAAAUUCUUCGAGGUCAACAAAUCCACUAUUCACAGAUCCGAACAAUCCCACCUGGGGAUGGAGCUGGUUGGAGAGAUGGAUGGCAGCUCAACAAUGGGGGGAUGCGAGCUCUGGUAAUGUUUGUGGAGAAAUUAAUAAAGCCGAUGCUCAAUCCAAACAGAGCUCGGAGAUAAAUUCGCCAACAGUAAGCCGAUCUGGAAGCCGUAGAUAUACAUUCCAGCCCCUCACGAUUCAUUCCAGACGUAGAUCAGUUGCAGAGGCGAAUCAACUGAAGCCAUCAAGCACACGAAAGAGCUCAGUUCCAGAUGAUUCUCUCCAAGCUAAUGUUCAAUUUGAACUGAGCUCGGAGGCGAAUUCGUCAACAGCAAGCCGAUCCGAGAGCCGCAGAUAUACUUUCCAGUCCUUCUCAACUUCUUCCAGACAAAGUUCAGUCGCAGAGCCAAAGAAAUCGAAAUCAUCAACCAUAAAAAAGAACUCGGUUCCAGAAAUUGAAGGAUUCCAGCUGACCUCGAAGGCAAAUUCGCUAACAGCAAGUCGAUCCGAGAGCCACAGAUAUACCUUCCCGUCCCUCUCAACUCCUUCUCCGCGAAGAUCAGUCGCAGAGGCAAUGAAAUCAAAGCAAUUAGGCGCCAGAAAUAGCACGAUUCCAGAUGAUGACAGCAAGAGCCUGGCAAGUAUAAAAUCAAACAAUGGAGGACCUCGAUCAUCCGUAUGGGACGAAGAAAGCCAAAACAGUUCACAAAAUCUUCCGAGUUACAUGACGUUCACCGCAUCGGCAAGAGCCAAAUCGAAGCUUCAUACUCCAUUCGAGUCGGAGAAGAAUGGAGCUCGAGAAAUAACGUCGUUUAGUUCAUCUGCUAAGAAACAACUCUUGUAUCCGCCAUCUCCGGCCGGGUCGAGGCGCUAUUCCAACCGUCUGAAGGUGGAUAUAGCGGCUUGAAUGAAGAGAAUAACAGAAGCAAAGGGAACAUUGUAUGAAUUUUGAUCGAAGAAAAAGUGGUACGUCAAUGGCGGGAAA